AUGACUGACAAGCUGAAGAUUGCCUCUUUCUCCGUCGCUGCUGGAGAGGAAAUGACGCCCUUGGGUCCUGAAGACAUCACCGCUCUUCGCAUCAAGAUCAAAGGAAAGGUGGCCGAAGCUGUCAACGAGGGCAAGGACAUUGCGAUGGCUGCAUUUAUCCAUCCAAACUCGUUUGUUCCUACUGGUGACUUGCUUUUCUUGGAGGGUGUCGAGGCUGAUAUCAUCCACUCUGAUGCUACUCUUCUUGUCCUCCGUUCGCAUCAAGGAAAUCACAUGGUGUCUGUACACUUCGUUGGUGGAUCGACUCCUUUUCGCAUCGCCCAUGUCGUCGAAGCCCAAGCCGAAGCCCAAGCCGAUGGAGAAGAAGAUGGAGAUAGCGAUGGAAAUGAGGAAGGAUCUAACACUUCUCCUGACAUGCUCAACCAAAGCUCUAGCGACGAGGAGAAUGCAGAUUCGGUCGGCCCUCUACCUCCUCGCAACCGUGGUGCGCGAGCUAACAGCUCUGAUUCCUCCUCGGUUGAAGAGGAUUUCGCCGAACUCAGCCAGCUUCACAUCUGA